AAUCCCAACCAUUAAACGCGUAGUUUUCACAUCAUCAAUGGCUGCAGUUCUGCUCACUGGUAGACCUCUAACUGCUGAAACUGUAGUUGAUGAAACAUGGUUUUCUGUCCCAGAAAUCUGCGAGAAACAACAAAUGAAGUGGUAUCUUUUCUCAAAGACAUUGGCUGAAGAAGCUGCAUGGGAUUUUGUUAAAGAACAUGGGCUUGAUAUGGUGUCGAUAAACCCUGCAAUUGUUAUAGGCCCUUUGCUGCAGCCAACAAUCAAUACCAGUUCUUUUGCUGUUUUAAGCUUGGUUAAUGUCACCGUUGGUUUUUUCCAAGGGAAUGAAAAAGGUGGACAUGCUGACAAAUGACUUGGUCUAUACUCCAAGGAAUACGUCUUAUGCUAGUGAGGAAAUUGAUGUGGUUCGUGAGCAAUGGGUUGCAAGUAUUUAUUAUUGGCCUAAGGGCGCUUGAUCGAGUUAGUUUAGAUGUUAUAGAACAAUAUUCUAUGUUAAAAUGUAUGCGUACGUUGAAAUUGGAACAUACAUAUAUUUAAAUGUAUAUGGUACGUGCACUUUUGUUUUGGGAUA